AUGAGCUUGCUGCGAUCGAAGCUCGUGGCUGUCGUUCUGGUCAUGACAGUAGCUGCUGCUGGCGGCCUAUCCUUGCUGAGCGCGGAAGAAAGGCCAGCUCUAUCUCUACUCCGUGGCAUGGCGCCGUCAACGCCGAACUCGGUGGGGGCCGUCGAGUUGCCGUGGCGGCGCCAUGUGCUGCGCCGGGGACAGAAGAUCCUGGCCUGGCGGUGGCGCCACAAUCCGCCCUCCGGCCCGAGCAGCCGUGGUCACGCCGUUGUCACCGUCUCGCCGGACGACGAGGAGAAGAAACAGGGUCCCGCAGAAAGCAUUGGUCCAUCAGUGCCAUGA